GGAAUGUUAGAAAAAGGCUAGGCUCAGAAUGGGAUGAAAUUAUGAUAGAAGAAAGAGAUAUUAGACGAAUGAAUAAAGAAAUAAUAUUAUACAAUGAAGGACCUGUUGCAGGUGAAGUAGAAGAUGACCAAAGAAAGCAGUUGUUGGAGUUACUUAGAGAAAAUCUUGAUCUUUGUGCUCAAGAUAUCUCUGAGUUGGGCCGGACUGAUAUAAUUCGGUAUUGUAUUCCUACCCAAGAC